CCUGCUGCUGCGUCCUGCACCGCAGCUGGCUGGUAGAGAAGCAGGUGACCAGGAGGAGGAGAAACCUAAUGGAGGGAAGAGUGUGUUUGUUGAGGAGGAGGAGGGAGGGGGGGCAGCUCCUCCCAUAACUAAGUUAGUGUGCUGUGCAGGAGGUCCAUGUUUAUGGCACAGCCGGGGGAGUUUCCUUCAUUCGCUGGACAGCUCUGGGAGCAGAGAAGAAACCUGCCGGCUCUCCUUCUGCCUUUUUCUGCAACUCAUCCCUCCCGGCGCUGCGACUGACAAGUCUGCUCCAGGACGAAUUGUGUGUGUGGGGGGGAAGCAGCACCAUCUGCCCGACCCUCCACAACCACAGCCUCCCCCCCCCGCUUCAUCCUCCGGCCUGCCCGACACAGGACUUCAUCCUCAGUUGCUGUCGCUGCCUCGGCUGACAUCAUGUGCGACUGCUUCCACCUGGCGUUUCCCAACUGGCAUGCAGCGUCCUCAGGAGCUGGGCGACGGCUGCAAGGACCAGAAGCUGCGACGUACGACGACUCAGUAAGUGAGGAGUCGUCCCAGCUUGUGGAGGAGGAGAGGCCACGCCCACAAGGAUCCUCCCCUGUGGAGGAGUUUCCUGAAGCUGCCAAACACAUCGACGCAAAGACUGAAGCGGAACGGGACCCUCACCACAAAAGUGGACACAAAACCAAAAGGACGGGACUCGGGUCCAUGUUUGAGAGGCGGACGACCCCAAAGAUGAGCAAACUGAAGGAAGUUCACAGCCCAGAGGGGGGCGUGAUUGUGAGAACACCCAAAGAUGGAUGUGCAGAGGGACUCGUUUACAGCGGCGGUGGCAAAGAGGGGAUCUUCAUUAAAGAAGUGGUGCCAGAGUCGCCCGCAUCCAAAAGUUUGAAAGUCAAAGAAGGAGAUCAGAUUCUAAGCGCCACUGUCUAUUUCGAUAACGUGCCGUACGAGGACGCCAUCCAGAUUCUGGAGCAUGCUCAAGCUUACAAAGUGAAGCUUUGCCUGAAACGCAAACCGGACAUCACAGAGACAGAGCCAGGCAUAGAGUCUGACGUUAUCCCUGAAGAAGAGAUCUCCUCUGCAGAGAUGAGGGAGCAGGGGAAAACAAAAAGACGUGGGGAUGCUCGUAUUUCGUGGCCAAAGUUUCCUUCCUUCGGAAAAGGACGAAAGUCUCGUUUUACAAGGUCUCACAGUUCCUCUGAAGCCGAUGAGCAGAGAAAGCUUGAGCUGAGUCCAACAACAAGCGACACAGAGUCACCGAUAAAAUCCCAAGACGCUCUAAAAGGAAAGAAGAAGCAUAAAUUAAAGCUCUCUGCUCUGAAAAAGAGAGGUCGCAUCAGUUCAUCUGAAGACACAGAAGCUCCAACCACCGCCCCCAUCAGUGGAGACGCUCAGCAAGCACAGGAAUCAGACAUGCUCUCACCAGAGUCCUUGGAAGGCCUCAUAGCAGAGACAGUAGAAGGUCAUAAGACAGAGGACUUAAAGAUGGACAAGGAAACGGAACAAAACAACCAGACGGACCCACUUCUUCCUCAAACGGUCGAGCUCAUCAGCUUAGAUAGCACUUUGAAAACAGCAGACCCCACUGUGUGUCCAACCGACCACAAAAGCCCCUCUGAAGCCAAGCCUACUGACGGGAAGACAAAGAAGACAGAUAGGUUGGAGUUAAAGAUGAAGAUUUUGGGGAAGGACAGGUUGCACAAAAAAGAUGCCAAGGUAGUUUCGUCACCAAAAAGGCUAAAAACUCUUGGAGCAAGUCUUGAAAAGGAACAUCAACCGGAAAGUGAAGAUUCACAAAAACCAACUGUUGAAAAACACACAGCUGAGGGCACAAAGAUCACAGAAGAUCCUUAUGAGAGGCUUUCAAAAGGUGCUGGUUCUACUGCAGAACUUCCCAAGAGAGAAGACAUUAAGAUACCAGGCAUGGAGGACAUGUCCAUGAGCACAGCCGCAGGGGUUAAAGAGCCUUUCAGAGAUGACAGUGAGGAAAAUCACUCAGAAGCGGUCCAACUGUCAUUUGAUGUUAAGAGCGUGAAGGAGGCGGUUUCAAAGCUGCCUGGAUUUAAGUUGCCUCAAGUUGACACGUCUGGGGUUCUGAUUCCCGAAGAAAUUACUGUGAUCGAUGCAAACGCUCAGAGGAUUUCUGUGAAAACGCCCACCAAAGUGUCAGAAGCCAAAGCAAAGAAGGAGGCACAGCAGGCAACAUCUGACCGGAAGGAAACCUCCUUUCCUACAGGGAAAACAGCAACAACAGCAUCUGCUGAUUUAACCUCAGAGGGGCUUUUAGGAGAGACCACAGGAGAUGCCACAGAACCUCAAAAUAAAACCAAAAGUCAGUCAAAAGAAGACGACACGACCCACACCUUCAAAAGAGAACAGAUCACAAUAUCUUGGGUGGAAACUCCUCAAAAGAUAUCAAUUCUUCAUAAGCAUGGAACUGAAAAAGCAAGCAGCACAACUGAUGUGACAUCAGAAAAUGACUCAGUGAAAGAGUCUAACCAAAUAGCAGACCGCACAACCAUUAUAAGAGACGGCUUCAGGACAGGAACCCCAGAUACAAGAACGCCUGACUUUAGGACGACUUUAACAAACCAAGAGUUGACAGCCAGAACAGACAUCUGCAGCACCCAAACAUUUGAAAUGAGUGGCAUUAAGGUGGAUUCCUUGGUAGAUGGGUCCACAGCCAAAAAGGACAGCAGCUGCCAGCUUUUUAUUGAAGAAGUGUCUGUUGAAGAUGAGGACAUGGGUGUUGACAGCGUGGAGAAAAAAGCUUUCCUCAGAGAUGGAAAAGGGGGAAGAUUUAAACUGCCACACCUUGACAUCUCCCUUCCAAAGGUCAAAGGAUCAAAAUCGGAUGUUGGAGCAUCAAAGAAAGAAGUCACCAUCACACGGGCUGAAGUUGAGUCAGAUGUUAUCACCAGUGGCACAGACAUGCACGUUAAAGACCAGAAGACUGAAACAACAGAAACAGAAAUGGGAGCCAGUGAGACUCAGACUGAACCUGGAGGGGAUGAAAGCAGAUUCAAAAUGCCAAAGUUAGGGAUCAAAAUACCAAAAAUGAAGGGCUUGGACACCGAAGUGAUGUCAUCAAAGAAAGAUGCAGGUGUCAAAGUGACAAGUUUGAGAGAUGAGGUUCAAUAUCCAGAGGCCGAUGUUUCUCUUGAGGGUAUUGAUAUGGCCCUUUCAGAGCAAACGUUAGAUACAGAAACACCUCUGGAAGCUGAAGAUGAUCCCAAAGGCAGAUCAAAAAAGCCAAAGUUUGGAAUCAAACUCAUGAAAAUGAAAGGCCCUGACAUAGAGUUCAGUUUGACGAAGAAAUCCACCCAAACAGCUGAGGAGAUAGCUGAGGCCCAAAUCCCAGCAGCAUCUGAAACCAGUAGUACAGAGACAAGAACGGAGACAAAAAGAGCCGAGGUGGAACCCAAACCUCCAGAGACUGAUGGGGACCUCGGGGUUCAUGCAGUCAAAUUCAAAAUGCCAAAGCUUGGAAUCAAAAUGCCAAAAAUCAAAGGGCCAGAACUUGAUUUAGGUUUGCAAAAGAUGGAUGCAGAUGUCACACAACCUAAAGCAGAGGUUCAACUACCAAAAGUUUCUGGGACUGGCGUUCCAACAGAUGUUUCUAUGCCAGACAAAAAGACUGAGACAGAAGAACCCAAAAUCAAACCCCAGCAGUCUGACAGCGAACCUGACAGACACAGCUCCAAGUUCAAAAUGCCAGCAUUUGACAUUUCCUUUCCAAAGCUUAGAGGGCCUGAAGUUGAUUUAAGCUCACUGAGACAGGAUAAAAACGUUGAUUUGCCUGAAGCUGGUCCUGGCUCUGCUGACAUUCCUAUCAUGCAAGACAAAGAAGCUCCUGAUGCCACACCUCAUCAAAAUGUUGCAGGUUCACCACCAAAGUUCAGGACAACACUGGAAACCCCAAAACCCAAGCUGGAUCCGUCAGUCCUCUCUCUUGACAAAGAAAUGACGAGUGUUGGAGCUGAUAUUCUGGGAGAGGUGUCUGCAACAUGCAGUCAGGGGUCCUCAGUUAAAACCACUGAACUUGAACAGGAAGGGAAGGAAAGCAAGUUCAGGAUGCCAUAUCUGAGCUUUUCCAUGCCAAAGGUCAAAGGGCCCAAAUCUGAGAUAAUCCAGUCAAAAACAAGAGCAGACGUCACAGUACCCCAGGACAAGACAGAUGUCACAGAGUCUGAAGUUGGACUGCAAAAAGGAGAAGCUUCAGCUCCAGAGGCAGAUUCUGAUGGGGAAACACCUGAACUACAAGUUGUGGAAACUGAUGGUCAACAUGAAAAGGACAAGACAAAAAGGUUUGGACUAAAAAUGCCCAAGUUAGAACUCCAACUUGGUCCGUCAAAGACUGCAUCAGCAGUUACAGGAGAAUCCAAAGAGGGCAAUGUUUUCCAUGAUCCAAAUUUAAAUGUACCAAAGAAAGACACAGAAAGUAAUCUGCCAGAUAAUGAAACCAAAGUAGGAGUUCCAGAAGUCUCCAAAACUGAUGUCAGUCUGGGAAAAGCAGAACUAUUGAUACCUGAGGGAAGAGUAAAAAUGGAAAAGGUUGAGGUAAAAGUGAAAACCCCACAAGCUCAUCAUGAACUUACAGGACAAGGAAGCAGAUUAAAAAUUUCAAAGCUUGGAAUCACACUUCCAAAGGUAAAAGGAACAGAAAUGGAUGUAAACAUUUCAAAGGAUGCAGACAUGGCACUUGGAGUGGCCAAGACUCAAAACAAGAUGACAGAUACUGAACUCAGAGGACCUUCUACCAAUGUGGGUAAGAAGGCACCUGAAGCUCAAUCAAGUCAUGUGGAGCAAACCACAUCAAAAUUCAAAGUGCCAUCAUUCAAAUUUCCCAAGAUUGGUGUCACCCCACAACAUAUCAGUACUGAAAUGCCAGAUUCUGACAAUGCUGAUGAAGUGGACAGGUCUGUAGAUGUGCCGGGGUCUGAUCCUGAUGUUCCAGAAGUUACAGGAGAACUCCACAUGAAAGACGAUGAAGUUAAAGAGCAACUAGAUGGGGAGGCUGUAUUAAAACACAAAAAAACAAUGUUUUCAAUGCCCAAAUUUUCUUUCUCAAAACCAAGUGUAAAGGCUUCGGAGGUUUUAAGCUCAGAUGGUAAAGUGGAAGUGAAGGAGUCAAGUUUAUCCCAAACAAAUGUAGAUAUUACACUAACUGAAGUAGAAGUCAAACUGCAUGAUGCUAAUCUGAAAAAAAUAUUUGCAGGGGUGGACACUAAAACUCCAGAGAUCGAAGCUGAAGCAAAAACUACAGAGGAAUCCUCAUCAACAUAUAAGAUGCCAACAUUCAAAUUACCGAAAUUUGGAAGUUCAGAUGUGACUUUAGAUAAACCUGCUGAGGACAUUGACAUUAAAACAAAAGCAUUUGACAUGAAGGCUCCUGGCGAGGUUCUUUCAGUAACCAUUGAGGCUCCUUCAGGAGAUAUAAAAACUACUGAAAGUGAACAAGACAGAAAAGGAGGCAAGUUUAAGAUGCCUAAACUUGGUUUCUCUGUACCAAAAGGUACAGGAGCUCAAGUUGAUGUGAGUCUAACAAAACCAGAAGUAGAUGUAACACUUCAAGGGAUGAAAAAAGAGGUCCAAUUCCCUGAUUCUGAAUCCAAAAAAUCUUCUGUUGAUAUUAGCACUAAAGCCCCUGGAAUUGAAAUCGAAACAAGGGACACCGAAGGAUCACCGUCCAAAUUUCAGAUGCCAACAUUUGAACUACCCAAAUCUGGACAUGGAAGUGCAGCUCCAAUUGUACCAGCUGAUGUUAAACUACAAGGACCUGAUGCAAACAUCAAAGAGAUUCUUUCAGUUACCUUGGAAGCUCCCACCACUGACACUCCAACAGGAGAUGUAAAAACAAUUGAAACUGAACAAGCUGGAAAAGGAGGCAAGUUUAAGAUGCCAAGUCUUGGUUUCUCUGUACCAAGAGGUAAAGAAGCUCAAGUUGAUGUGAGUUUAACAAAACCAGAAGUAGACUUUCCACUGCAAGAGACCAAAGAUGAGGUAAAAGUCUCUGAUACUGAACUGGAAAAACCUUCUCUUGAUGUUAAAACUUUGCCUGCUGAGAUCAAACUUGUAGAAAAGGAAACAAAAGGAUCACCUUCUAAAUUUAAGAUGCCAACAUUCAAGCUACCCAAAUUUGGACUUGGAAGUGCAGCUGUAGACCUACCUGCUGGACAUAGAGACAUCGAAAUAGAAGAACCUGACAUUAAAGUUCCAGAGGAAGUUCUUUCCGUUACUAUUGAGGCUCCAAGCACUGAUACUCCUUCAGGAGAUGUAAAAACAACAGAAACUGAACAAGAUGUAAAGGGAGGCAAGUUUAAGAUGCCAAGUCUUGGUUUCUCUGUACCCAAAGUUAAAGGACCUGAAGUUGAUGUGAGUCUAGAAAAACCAAAAGUAGAUCUUUCACUGCAGGAGAUCAAAGUUGAGGUACAAGUCUCUGAUACUAAUCUGGAAAAACCUUCUGUUGAUGUUAAAAUUUUAUCUCCUGAGAUCAAACUUGUAGAAAAGGAAACCAAAGGAUCACCAUCUAAAUUUAAAAUGCCAACAUUUAAAUUUCCUAAAUUUGGACUUGGAAGUUCAGCUGUAGAUGUGCCUGCUGUGGAUAAAGAUGUUAAACUACAAGAACCUGAUGACAACCUGGAAGAGAUUCUUUCAGUAACCAUUGAAGCUCAAAGCAGUGAUACUCCUUUAGGAGAUGUUAAAAAUACUGAAAGGGAACUAGACGGAAAAGGAGGCAAAUUUAAGAUGCCAGGUCGUGGUUUUUCUGUACCCAAAGCGGACGGAGCCGAAGUGGAUGUGAUUCUAACAAAACCAGAAGUAGAUGUUACGCUUCAAGAGAUCAAAGAAGAGAUCCGAUUUCCUGAUUGUGAAGCUUCUGUUGACAUUAGCACUAAAGCUCCUGGAAUUCAAAUCAAAACUAAGGACACAGGAGGAUCACCUUCCAAAUUUAAGAUGCCAACAUUCAAGCUACCCAAAUUUGGUUUUGGAAGUGCAGCUGGAGAUGUACGUGCUGAUGUUAAAUUACAAGGACCUGAUGACAACAAGGAGGAGGUUCUUUCAGUUAGUUUGGAAGCUCCAAGUACUGCGGUUCCUUCAGGAGAUGUAAUAACUACUGAAUAUGAACAAGACGGAAAAGAAGGCACGUUUAGGAUGCAAAGUCUUGGUUUCUCUGUACCCAAAGUUAAAGGACCUGAUGUUGAUGUGAGUCGAGCAAAACCAGAAGUAGAUGUAACACUACAAGGGAUCAAAAAAGAGGUCCAAUUCCCUGAUCCUGAAGCUUCUGUUGAUGUUAGCACUAAAGCUCUUGAAAUUCAAAUCAAAACUAGGGACACAGAAGGAUCACCUUCCAAAUUUAAAAUGCCAACAUUUAAGCUAACCAAAUUUGGACUUGGAAGUUCAGCUGUAGAUGUACCUGCUAUAGAUAAAGACAUCAAAAUAGAAGAACAUGAAAUUAAAGUUCCUGAGGAGAUUCUUUCAGUUACCAUGGAAGCUCCCAGCACUGUUGGUUUCUCUGUACCCAAAGGUAAGGAAACUCAUGUUGAUGUGAGUCGAAAAAAAACAGAAGUAGACCUUUCACUGCAAGAGAACAAAGCUGGGGUAAAAGUCUCUGAAAGUGAGCUGGAAAAACCUUCUCUUGAUGUUAAAAUUUCAUCUCCUGAGAUCAAACUUGUAGAAAAGGAAACAAAAGGAUCACCAUCUAAAUUUAAAAUGCCAACAUUUAAAUUUCCCAAAUUUGGACUUGGAAGUGCAGCUGUAGACCUACCUGCUGGACAUAGAGACAUCGAAAUAGAAGAACCUGACAUUAAAGUUCCAGAGGAAGUUCUUUCCGUUACUAUUGAGGCUCCAAGCACUGAUACUCCUUCAGGAGAUGUAAAAACAACAGAAACUGAACAAGAUGUAAAGGGAGGCAAGUUUAAGAUGCCAAGUCUUGGUUUUUCUGUACCAAAAGGUAAAGAAGCUCAAGUUGAUGUGAGUUUAACAAAACCAGAAGUAGAUCUUUCACUGCAGGAGACCAAAGUUGAGGUACAAGUCUCUGAUACUGAACUGGAAAAACCUUCAGUUGAUGUUAAAAUUUCAUCUCCUGAGAUCAAACUUGUAGAAAAGGAAACCAAAGGAUCACCAUCUAAAUUUAAAAUGCCAACAUUUAAAUUUCCUAAAUUUGGACUUGGAAGUUCAGCUGUAGAUGUGCCUGCUGUGGAUAAAGAUGUUAAACUACAAGAACCUGAUGACAACCUGGAAGAGAUUCUUUCAGUAACCAUUGAAGCUCAAAGCAGUGAUACUCCUUUAGGAGAUGUUAAAAAUACUGAAAGGGAACUAGACGGAAAAGGAGGCAAAUUUAAGAUGCCAGGUCUUGGUUUCUCUGUACCCAAAGCAGACGGAGGUGAAGUAGAUGUGAGUCUAACAAAACCAGAAGUAGAUGUAACACUUCAAGAGAUCAAAGAAGAAGUCCAUUUUCCUGAUUCUGAAGCUUCUGUUGACGUUAGCACUAAAGCUCCUGGAAUUCAAAUCAAAACUAAGGACAGAGAAGGAUCACCUUCCAAAUUUAAGAUGCCAACAUUCAAGCUACCCAAAUUUGGACUUGGAAGUGCAGCUGUAGAUCCACCAGCUGUACAUAGAGACAUCGAAAUAGAAGAACCUGACAUUAAAGUUCCCGAGGAAGUUCUUUCAGUUACUAUUGAGGCUCCAAGCACUGAUACUCCUUCAGGAGAUAUAAAAACAACAGAAACUGAACAAGGUGGAAAAGGAGGCAAGUUUAAGAUGCCAAGUCUUGGUUUCUCUGUACCCAAAGUUAAAGGACCUGAAGUUGAUGUGAAUCUAGAAAAACCAGAAGUAGAUCUUUCACUGCAGGAGACCAAAGAUGAGGUACAAGUCUCUGAUACUGAACUGGAAAAACCUUCUCUUGAUGUUAAAACUUUGCCUGCAGAGAUCAAACUUGUAGAAAAGGAAACAAAAGGAUCACCUUCCAAAUUUAAGAUGCCAACAUUCAAGCUACCCAAAUUUGGACUUGGAAGUUCAGCUGUAGAUGUGCCUGCUGUGGAUAAAGAUGUUAAACUACAAGAACCUGAUGACAACCUGGAAGAGAUUCUUUCAGUAACCAUUGAAGCUCCAAGCAGUGAUACUCCUUUAGGAGAUUUAAAAACUACUCAAAGUAAACAAGAUGGCAAAUUUAAAAUGCCAAGUCUUGGUUUCUCUGUACCCAAAGGUAAAGAAACUCUUGUUGAUGAAAGUCUAACAAAACCAGAAGUAGAUGUUUCAUUGCAGGGGACCAGAGAUUUCCAACUUAUUGACGCUAAAUUGGAAACAUCUAUGGUUCAGAGUGAUCCUAAAGCUCCAGAAAUCAACGUUAGUGCAAAAAAAUCUGAAGGAUCCCCAUCCAAAUUUAAAAUGCCAACCUUCAGUCUGCCAAAAUUUGGAGGUGCUCCUCCAGCUAUUGUAAAAGCACCAGAUUUGGAUAAGGAAGUGAAAUUUGAUUUAUCAGGGUCAAAUGCUGACGUUAAACCUCUUGACAUUGAAACCAAAGAUCUCUCAGGCUCUGUUUCAGCGCCUAAUGCACCGGAGACAAAAGGUGAUGUGAAGGAAAUAAAGACAAGCUGGACGCUGCCAAGAUUUUCAUUUUCAAAGACAAGCACUAAGGCACCUGAGGCUGACAUGGACCUUCAAAUGGACGUUUCAACAUUAGAUUCUAAAACACAGAAGCAAGGUCCUGAAACCAUCAUCAGUACCUCAGCAGAUGAGGGACCUGCUGCAGAUCCCGAUGCAAAAAUAAAAAAGACAAAGUUUUCAUUACCUAAAUUCUCAUUUUCAAAGCAUAUUUCAAAAGAAUCUGAAGAAAAUGUCAUUCUGCCGACUGGAGAUGUCUCUCUUCAAGAGGAAACUGUCAAAAUCAAACAACCUGGUAUCAAGGUUAGGCCAUCAGAGAGCCAAAGUGAGGGUCAGAGCACCGAAAGCAAGCUACAAAAUCCAACAUUUGGACUCUCAAUGCCAAAAGUAGAAGACGUGAACAUCUCACAGAAAGAUGUAAAUAUCAAGAUUGAAGUUCCAGAUGUUGAUGUUAAGAUGAUGCAACCGCAUGCUGCAGUGGCACCUAAAGCCCUAGAGAUCAAAGCUCCUGCAGGUUAUGUCGAAGCGUCACCAUUACAAUCUCAAAUACCUGCGGGCACAUGGUCCAAAGGUGGAGCUCUGCAGCUGCAGAAGGAGGAGGCCAAUGGGAACAAGAAGACUAUGACUGUGGACGUGAAAGGAAGUAAACCAAAGAAAGAUAUCGGAGUUAUGUUGCCAGAGUUCAAAGCUGAAGUACAACUAUCUCAUGCUGAGGUCAAAGAUCCCAUUGAUUCCUUAGCAGAUGAGGUUGACCCUAAAUUGAAACGACCAAAUUGGGCAUUUCCAAAGAUUUCCUUUUCAAGAACAGCGGACAAGGUUGAUGCUAACACCAACCUGGAAACAUCAAACAUUACAACAGCAGAAUCCACAGAAGUUUGUCAGUCAGACGCGGCUGUCCAAGGACCACGCGGGCCUUCUUCAGCAGAAGAGUCGUCCACUACAGGACCUGAUAUAAACAUUAAAAAAUCUAAAUUUUCCUUGUCCAAGAUUUCUUUCUCAAAGUUCAGCCAGAAAGAACCCCAAGUGACGACUCGGCCUCCACAUGAUAACGUCUUUGGUCCAGAUGUGAGACCUGAUGUUGAUGGCCCCCAAACAGCACCUCAAGCUUCAGAACUAGAAGGAACAGAUGAUGUUAAAAGAAGCACACUGAAAUCUGAAAUGUCUGGCAUCGGCCAACCGAAACCAGAAGGACCUGAAAUUAACAUGAACUUGGCCCACAAAGAUACAAAAGAAUUCGAGAAAGUCAAAGAUCUCUUUACUGGAGCAGACGCAGGGAUUUCUGAGCUGGAAGACAAGCCGAGAGAUGCUCGAGGAUCACCACUAAAAUUCAAGAUGCCAGCACUGAAACUGCCGAAGUUUGGUGGCGCAUCUCAUGAUGUCACUAGUGAUGCAGGAGGUUCAGAGAAAGUCACGAAAUCUGGUAUAACUAAACUGCAAGAAGAUGAGAGCAUCCCAGUCAAACCUCCCAGUACUGAUGCUACAGAUGACUCAAAGGCGGCGGCGUCAGAUGCGGACACGCCAAAGUCUGGCACUGAUGCCCCAAGUCAUGGAUCUCCAAGUAGAUUUAAACUGCCGUCCUUUAAAAUGCCAAAGCUGAGUCUCUCCAGGCCUAAACCAGAGGAAGAGCACGGGCCUGCGGAUGAAAAGCUUAAAGGGAAUCAGCUGGAGGUAAAGACUGACGAUCAAGACAAGAGUCAAACAUCUAAAGAGACUUUGACAUCAUUUGGUGAGCUCUUCAAGACAACUGAUAUUGAAUUUGAUGUUUCCAACAAAGCUGAAAAAAGAAAUUCUGGAGAAAUUCCUGAAACAGAAGACACCCCUAGUAAACCGUCAGAAGAGAAAGAAAGUGAAACAAAGUCCAAGCAAGACACUUCCCAAAGUCCUGAAAAGGUCGGCUGGUUUGAGCUUCCCAAAGUCGGGCUGUCCCAGCAGUCAGAACCACCGAGGGUUUCUGAGGGAGGAGUACAGAAGGGUGAGAAGAGUCCACCAAGAGAGACCGGUGAGGAUGAAACAAGCCCCACCAGCUCCCUUCAUUCAUCAGACGCCUUUGCUGAUGUAAGCUCUACAGUCACAAGUGAGCAUGUGGGCAUGUCCAUCACUUCCCCGACCAAAGUGAUGGUCAAAUAUUUUGACCCCACUGUCCCCGUCGGGCUUGAAGAAAGAACUGGUGACAUUUUUACUUCGACCACAAAGACUGUGCUGAUCUCCGAUGUGCCCAACUUACCUGAGAAAAUCACCAUUCCAUCGUCUGGAGUUACAUCUUCAUCUGAAGACACACUCAGACUGGAUUCUGGAAAAAUCCACGCCAUUACAUCCAACAUACAAGCAACUCCAGCAGCACAACACGCCAAGCUCCUUACUGCUGUCCAGAUGCAACCAGCCGAAGAUGACCCUGGGAAAUCCGACAUGGCCGUUUUGUGGGCUGCAGAAGAUCCUCUAAGUAGCAGUAGAACUGUGUUUGAGAGCCGUGCAGUGUGGGAAACAUCUGGCACGAGCAGCCAGACCUCAGAAACUGUGGUUAUCACGAAGCAAGUUACAAGCGUUUUUGACACGACUGAGCCCAUCUCAGGAGAGACGGCCUCAUCCAUCCAAAGACUGAGACACACCGUGCACUCGGAGAAGAUGAAGUUCUUCGACGAGGGCGAGAAGUAAAGGACUGUCCUUCCUGGAAGAAACUCUGCUCGCUGGUGGAGCUGUUGACUUCACAACCGCAGAAACACUCCAGCAACUGGAAGAGGUUCCUCACAGGCAAAAGCAGACCAGGAUGGGACGAGAUGUCUACUGGCAUGUCUCCCCACAUAGUCUCCUUUAUAAUACAGAAUUUAUGCUAAAACAAACAAACAAACAAAAAAACCCAAGGGAUUUCUGCAAAAUUUUACGUUUCACUGUGAAUUUGACUAUUUGCAAACAAGCCACUGACAUUCCAAAGUAUGUUUACAGUCAUUCCCCUUCAAGCCAUAGAGCAGAGAAUAACAAGUGAAGCAGUAUAUUUCAGAAACGUAUCGUGCUCGUGUUUCAUCUAUAUAUCGCUUUUGCUGUAGAGACAAGAAUGAAGCUACAAUCAAAUGCUCAAGUUCAGUAACAAUGCAGCUGCAACUCCAGAACAAAGCUCCUAAUUCUGCUGCACUAAACCUGCAGAGAUCCUCCAGUCUGUGCAAAGGCACAUCUGGAAGCUGAGGUGUAAAUAGCUUUUAGAGAUCUCUGAGUUAUUUUUGGUCACUGUUUGUAUCCUUCUAAGCUUUAAGACAAUGUCUCUGCAACGUUACAGGCAAUAAACUCUGACACACCAGA